AUGGUUUUAUCAGGUGUCUUAAUGGAUGCCUCUUCUGCAACCUCAACUUCAGACCUAAUCCCUUCUUCGGCUUCAUCUUCUGCAUCUGCAUCCUCCUCGACCUCUACUGCAUCAACUACUUCAUCAACUACUUCAUCAUCUGCUUCAUCAUCUGCUUCAUCAUCUGCUUCAUCUGCUUCAUCUGCUUCAUCUACAUCUUCUUACCUUUUUGAUGGCUUGCCUUCAACUCUUCAACAACCCAAUCCUCAAACUAAACAUUUCCCUAUGGCCUCUCAAGAUCAGGCCAACCCCCAAUCACAAUCACCCAUACCAUACAGAUUUACACCUUUAUCAUCUUCCUCAUCUCAAACUAACUCAGAAGCUGAGUACCAAGAAAAUGAACUCCAAGCUAUUCUUCAGUUAAAAUCGCUUUCCUUUUCACAGCAACAACAGCAACAACAGCAGCAGCCACAGAAGCCGCUUCAUGGAAUCUUUGGACAACAACAACAGCAACAACAAAUUGCACUGCCGGUUUCAAAAGCCUCUUUAUAUCCCUCAUAUAACUCUCAAAACUAUCAGCAACAACAACAACAACAACAACAACAACAACAGUCGCAACCUACUGGUCUCUGGCAACCUCCACGAAUACCAACGGUCUCCUACUCACCACUAUCAUCUUUGCCCUGCGAUAACAAUACCCCAGCAAAUGACCCAUCAAACGUAAACAAUAAUAAUAAUAAUAAUAAUAAUAAUAAUAAUAAUAACAAUAGCCCAGUAGAUGAUGACCUCGACAUGUCAGAUGUCGAGGAUGAUGACAAUGAAACAACCCCAGCAGAAACAAGUCUUGACUGCAUCUCAAACACUUCUCUAGAUGGAAUACCUCCCACCUUAAACAACAACAGCCCUUACGCUACCUCAUCACCACGGGUCCCGGCUUCUUCUUCCGCAUCCCUAUCCUCUCUCUCUUCAUUCCAAGCUGAUCCUCCCGAUGUUCCGGCACUCUCGAGCCGCAGCGCGAGCUCACAAAGCCUUCAAUCUUCCUUAAUCUCAUCAAAACAAACACAAAUACACUCUCAUAUUCAUCACCACUCCCAUCAUAUCCAGUCUCCAACCCCUGCUUACCUCCAACACAAUCAAAACCAUCAUUCACACCAUUCACAUCAUUCACACCACCCAAAUUCACUUUCUUCUUCUCCAUCAUCAUCCUCUUCAUCAACAACAACAACAACAUCUUCAUCAUCAUCUUCUUCUUCUGGCAUUUCUUCAGACCGCACCAACCUCCUCAAAGACCGAUUUAUCUACUACGGACCCAAAUCGGAAAAAUACAAGGCAUCGGCGCAUCUGCGGCGUCAGGAACAAAUUCGUGACUAUUAUAACAACAAGGGCUCUUCCUCUUACUCCUCAAGCGGCUCUGCAAGUAAGAUUUCUAAAAAAGUGCCGGCCACGCCUACCCGCAUCCGCAGCAGUAGCAUUACCAGUAAUGGAACAAACAAUAACAAUUCCAUUAUAAAUACAAAUACAAAUACAAAUACAAAUACAAAUACAAAUACAAAUGGAAACAAUAAUAACAAUAAUACCAUUAACAUUAACAUUAACAAUAAUAAUAAUAGCAUGGCUUCAGUCAACAUGGCAAUUAACGGAUCCUCUUCUCCAAAAGCCCAAGGCUUGCUUUCAUCCUCACCACGCAACUUGUUUGGACCUCUAGGAGGUUCACCCCCAUUUUUGGCUUCCUCGUCACCUCCAAACUUAUCUUCCAGCAGCAAUUCUACAACUCCACUUUCUAUUUCACCUGCAUCUUUUACAUCUUCUUCGUCUUCUUUUAAAAAGAAACCCCGUAGAACUGUUCGGUUUAAUGUUUAA